GGCGCCGGCGCGGGCAUGGAGCGCUCGCAGAGCCGCCUCAGCCUGUCCGCCUCCUUCGAGGCUCUCGCCAUCUAUUUCCCGUGCAUGAACUCCUUCGACGACGAGGACGCAGGGGACAACCGGAGGCUGAAGGGGGCCAUCCAGAGGAGCACAGAGACGGGCCUGGCGGUGGAGAUGCCCAGCCGGACGCUGCGCCAGGCCAGCCACGAGUCCAUCGAGGACAGCAUGAACAGCUACGGCUCCGAGGGCAACCUUAACUAUGGGGGAGUUUGCCUGGCAUCGGAUGCCCAGUUCAGUGACUUCCUAGGCAGCAUGGGACCAGCACAGUUUGUGGGCCGCCAGACCCUGGCCACCACACCAAUGGGGGACGUGGAGAUCGGCUUGCAGGAGCGGAACGGUCAGCUCGAAGUGGACAUCAUCCAGGCUCGGGGACUGACGGCCAAGCCAGGCUCCAAGACACUGCCAGCGGCCUACAUCAAGGCCUACCUGCUGGAGAAUGGCGUCUGCAUUGCCAAGAAGAAGACCAAAGUCGCUCGCAAGUCGCUGGACCCCCUCUAUAACCAGGUGCUGCUGUUUCCUGAGAGUCCCCAGGGCAAAGUCCUGCAGGUGAUCGUGUGGGGGAACUACGGGCGGAUGGAGCGGAAGCAGUUCAUGGGUGUGGCCCGCGUUCUGCUGGAGGAGCUGGACUUGACCACCCUGGCCGUGGGCUGGUACAAGCUCUUCCCCACCUCCUCCAUGGUGGACCCAGCCACGGGCCCCCUGCUCCGGCAGGCGUCCCAGCUGUCCCUCGAGAGCACCGUGGGGCCCUGCGGCGAGCGAUCUUAGUGCCGGGGAGGGGGAGGGGUUCCUCAAGAUGGCCUGGAGACCGCCCAGCCCCGACCUGGGACCCCCCAGGCCCAGGGGCACAUUGAACAGAGGAGGACGGGGUCCUCCCCCACAGCGGGGAAGCAGAACGGGGAGACCUGCCCCCCCAGGGCCCCUCCUCACCCCUUCUUCACCUCCUACCCCCUGCGACCUUCCUUCUCCCAAUGGGAUUGGCUGCACUUUUGACUUGGCCGGUUCUUGACCUGGUGGAUGUGGCUGCAGUCCAGAAAAAGGAAAGAGGUGGCAGAGCAGACCAUCCUCCUGACCCAGACACUGUCCGACCGCUCCCUCUUUUUGCCUCCUUGGAAGCUCGCUGCCCGGAGCCAAGUCCAGAACCCAGCGGCCAUCUCCAUGGUGCCAACUACCAGCAAGUGUCUUUCCUGCGGCACCGGGUUCAGGCAGCUACUCCUGCCCCAAAGCUGACGGGGCAGCUUUGCAAGGAUCCGGAGCCAGCUCCAGGGGGGACCCUGAGCCCCCCACUUGAAGAGGAGCUCAGGCCUCCCUCCGCCUGCCCGUGGAAGGAGCUUUGCCGCAGCCUGUUUGAGUCCAUCUGUCUGUCCCCUCCUGCCUGCCCCCCUUCUGGUGACUCUAGGACUUGGGGUCCAGCAGGGACCAGAGUAAGGGAGGAGUGCCUGGGGCCUGGCACAGACCCCCAGGGUGCCUGGCUCUGUGGCAUUGCAGCAAGCUCAUUUGCAAACCGUUGGGGGAGUGGAAAGAGCUGUCAUCUAUGUUUUGGCAGAGAUGCUGUGGGACCCUGAUUUUCCAGAACCCCAGCCCUGGAGAGCUUGCCCUCUGAAUUUGGGGGAUGUCGGGUUGGAGAGGGAGUCUGGGGGAAGCUGGGAAUGGGACUGGCGGUGCCAAGGCCAGGAUUUCCCAAGCAGGGGGAAUCCUUCCUCUUUGGGUGAGGUCAAAGGUCAUCUUAUCUGGCCCUCUGCCUCCAGGCUAAGGGUCUAGGGAGGCAACAGAGCUCCCCAAUUUUAGUCUUUUUAAACAAACCAUCCUAAAAGUAAGGGCAGAACCCACUGCCCCGGCCUCAGUGACCUUGGCUCAAGGAGAGAAAGAGUGAGGCGAGGCAUGAGUAGGAGAACCGGGAGAUUCCUUCUCAAGGGGGCUUGGGAAGCUGCCUUCCCGGCCAGGCCUCCCCAGGGCCUUCGGAAGCCCUUUUGCAUGCUGGGGAGGAUGCGGGCUGGCCCCUCUCUGUAGAAGCACAUUUCUGCCACCUCCCCUGGGAGGCACCCAGCCCCCCACUACCCACCACCCUUCAUUACCCAGUCCUGCUGUGUAGGGCAUAGGCCUGGUUAGCUGGGUAGAGUUAGUGUGCCAGGCCCUGGGCCUGGUCUUAGCUCCCAUAGAGUCCUUACAGAGUCUCCCCCACCGGAGAGGGGCGGGGGGGAGUCCAUUCCAGGAGCCUUCUCGCUGGCCUGGGCCUGGGCCAGGGCCAGGGCCUGGAUCCAGAGCCUAGUUCAUGGGAAGCCAGCCCCUCCUCCUCCUCCUCGUCCCCCUUCUCCCCCUCUUCCCCCUUCCCCAUGUAGGGUCGUAGCUGGAGCUGCCCAUGAUCCUCAGCUCUUCUGAUUCAUUACCCUUGGUACUGAUUUUAUUUAGGGAGUGCUCCGGAGGAUGUGGCCCUCGGUGGAGGGGGCCUGGGCUCCAUUCGAGGAGGUGGUUGUCCGAUGAGGAUGCCUGGCUGGGUUCCGUCCCACCUCGUCCCCCAUUCCCCUCUAACCUUUGGACCAGGUGAUUCCCUCCACCUGGAACUCUGUCCCCCAACCCCAGCCCAGCCUGUUCCAGCCCUGGGCAUCCUUUAGAGUGCUGGAUGAGUUAGAGCGCCCCCGUGCGCUGGGAAGGGGAGACGGAGGUGCCCCUUUGAUCCGGAGGCCUUCCGACUUUCCAUGGAUUGUGGCGGCUGGAGUCGCAAGGCCGGGGGCGGGAGGCGGCCGGGAGCGGGAGGCGGCCGGGCUCGGGAGGCCCAGAAUCAGCCCCUCCCCCGUGUGUUUUUUUUAAAACCAAUGUGAUUUCUCAGCCGUUCGUUUAUUACUCACCAUUCGGAAUAUUUUGAGCCAGGAGAGCGCCUUCUCUCUCCAGCUGUCACUGCUCUGCAGUUCAGGGCUAGCUUUUCAAAGAUGGGGCGGAGCCUGGCUGUCCCAGAGGGAGAGGGGGCGUGGUCUGUGCGCCCCAGCCUGAGCCCGCUCUAGGGUGUCUGCACAGCCUUUAUAUAGAGAGAGGGCGCUCCCCAAAGCAAUAACAUCCAGAGGGUGGUCCCCAGGGCCCCCCUCAAUGACUUUCUUGUUUGUUCUGUGAAAUCUCAGCUCACCUCCUGGAGGGGUGGGGUGGGGGCUGGAGCCCUCUUUCUUUGUAUCAUCGUUGUGAGCACAUGGCCGCCUUCCAGGGGGCUUGGACUAUUUGGCUGGGAACCACCGUCUGUCCUUACCAAGGGAUAGGGGCUUGUGGAAGGGUGACUUCUCAUAAUUAGCUUUGGGGAACCUGCAGGCCCGCCCCUGUCUGAUCCUUUGCCAGCUCAGACGCCCCCAUUAGGAGAGGAGCAGAGAGGGUGGAGUUGGAGGGGUUACAGGAGAGGGAGGCUGGGGUCUCUAGGGGACAAUUCUUUUUUCAGUCUCUGGGCCAAAGGUCAGAGGGAGUCAUCUCCACUUUCCUUCUGCAGAAUCUGCCUGUCAUACUAAAGGACGGACUUCGGCACCAUUAGUGAAGUCAUUUCCAUUUUACAAAGAGACCAAGGCCCAGGGCAAGGAAGCGUCACCUCUGGGGUCACCUGUGAGUUUUUGGCACCUGGGCCACCUCCCACCAGAGGCUGAGCUGGAGCCAGGGCAGGGGCACCAUCUCCCCCAACGUUGCCUCUGCCCUGCUCUCCUUUGAGCUUCCCGGGGACCUUGGAAAGCUGGGCAGGGCAAAUUGUAACCCAUCAGAGAGGGGAAGAAACCAGGGCCCAGAACCAGCAAGUGACUUGCCCAAGAUAAGACCCGGCAGCAGGUGAGCAAUGGGGCCAGAAUGGGGCCUCCACUCAGCUUCCUCCUUCACCGUUCAGGAGACUCUAGCUCCAGGGCGCGUCUGCCAUGGUAAUUAUUUCUGGCUUUUAAGCCCUUGGCCACCCAGCCCUGCUUGGUUCCAUCUUGAUGGUCCAGUAACUUUAACUGGGUGGGUCUUUAGGGGAAAGAGUUGCCAUAGAGACCUCCCCUUCAUGGGCAUCUGGCCUGGCUGAGGCUGUGCAGGAUUUGGUCCAGGCCUUGAUGUUUAAGUGGGGCUCCUGCCAAGGGGCCAGGAACCCCUCCAGGACCAACCUGCUGGAGAGAAGCCACCACUUCCUUCCUGGGGCUGAGAGCCAGGUGGCUGUGGUACACCCUGUCUUCAGGAAGCUCUCACCAAACCUGCAGAUGUAAUGACACCUGAGCUUCUGUAGUGUUUUUCAAACUUUGUUUUCUAAGUGCUUUCACCUUGAGUGUACCCUCAAAAGAGCCCCUGGGCAGUUGGCAGGGCGGGGGUGGGGGAGCUCUGUGUUAUCAGCCCCAUUUAACAGAAGAGGAAGCUGAGACCCUGGGAGGGGGAGGCACCUGCUAAGGUCCCACGGUGAGCUGGUGGCUGAACCUGCAUGAGAAUUCAGUUCUCCAACAGUUCAGAGGUCUUUCUUGGACACGGGGUGAAGCAGAGAGUGGCGUCAGGCACUUUACAAGCUGAUUCGCCAUCCGGUUCCUUACACCAGGAGCUCACGAGCUCACCUCAGUGUGCAGAGUCAGCUCGGAGCCCUGCUGCCUCGGAGCACAGCUGUUGCAUCAGGCAAGGCCACCUGCAUUUAUUUAUUGAGCAGCAGCUCUGUGCCAGGCCCAGGGGACUGGGGUGCCCCACCUCCACCCCCUGUUCCCCUGUAAUGGCUCCCUUGGUUCCCAGGAGGCCCCAUGUCUGUACAGCAGCAACUCCAAGUAGAUGGGAAGCUUUCAUGUCCAUUAGCUCAUCUGACUCACAAACCCUGUCAGGGAGGCGCCAAGUGUGUCCAUUUGACUCAUAGCUUCUGUGAGGGCGAAGUGGAGACUCGAACCCCUGGGCCUCAGGCAUCACCUCUACCACUGCCUCCUGAGGGGGUGGCAGAAAGGCAGGACCCCUGGUCCUCAGGCCCACUCUCCACUCAUUCAUCUUUCCCCCCUUCCCUCUCUGGGAGCAGGAGCCCCUGGGGCUUUGGGGGAGGGAGGGUUUCGGGGGCCCCUGGCUUAGAGCGGGUCACGUUGCAUUGU